GUCUAUUGGCCAGAGUGGCGAAGGGGCGGGAAUCUCGCCUCUAUGGUCGCAAACUGGCGGCGGGGGGCCUCUCUGCCUCCUCCUUGUCUGUAGCCGGCCGGCGGUUUGGUUGGUAGGCGGCCGAGGGGGCGGUGGGCCGGCCAGCCAAGAUGGCGGAGCUGAGCGGUGGCGUCCCCGGCUCGGCGGCGGCUUCCAGCUCGGCCGGCGGCGGAGAGGGCGGAGGCAACGAAGCCGGCGCGGGCGCGGGCGCUGCCGCCGGGGGCGGAGAGGGCGGCCCGGGGGGGCUCCUCAUCCGAGUGAUGGUGAAGACCCCCAAAGACAAGGAGGAGAUCCUCACCGGCGAGCGCGUCUCCGUCAAGGAGUUUAAAGAGGAGAUUUCCAGGCGGUUCAAAGCCAAACAGGAUCAGCUGGUUCUGAUCUUUGCUGGGAAGAUUCUAAAGGACGGUGAUACAUUGAAUCAACAUGGGAUAAAAGAUGGAUUAACAGUUCACCUGGUGAUCAAAACCCCGCAAAAGGCUCAAGAUCCUUCAGCAGUGGCCGCAGCUUCGUCUCCUCCACCUCCUGCUCCCGCCGCCAGUACUGCAACUGCUGCUGCUGCUACUCCCUCUGCCGCCCCCGCUUCUCCUGCAGCCCCGCCGCAGCCUUCCACAUCCAGCAACACGCUCUCGGAUGCGGGGAGCAACAGCCGGAGAAGCAGCGGGUUAGGGGCUGCGCCAGGCCCAACAACGGAAGGGACACACGGCGGUGCCACUUCCAUCUUGUCUGGCUUUGGGGGCAUCGCUGGGCUCGGCCACCUGGGGAUGGGCUCGGCCAACUUCAUGGAGCUCCAGCAGCAGAUGCAGCGGCAGCUGAUGUCCAACCCAGAGAUGCUGUCCCAAAUCAUGGAGAACCCCCUGGUCCAGAACAUGAUGUCCAACCCGGACUUCAUGAGGCAGAUGAUCAUGGCCAACCCUCAGAUGCAGCAGCUGAUGGAGCGCAACCCAGAGAUCAGUCACAUGCUGAACAACCCAGAGCUUAUGCGCCAGACCAUGGAGUUGGCGCGCAACCCAGCCAUGAUGCAGGAGAUGAUGCGCAAUCAGGACAGAGCUCUGAGUAACUUGGAGAGUAUCCCAGGAGGAUACAACGCUUUGCGCCGAAUGUACACGGACAUUCAGGAGCCCAUGUUCAGUGCUGCAAGGGAACAGUUUGGCAACAAUCCGUUUUCCACCUUGGCCGGAAGCUCCGACAGCUCGACCCCCCAGCCUCUGCGGACAGAAAACAGGGAGCCUUUGCCCAACCCUUGGAGUCCGACAGCCACUUCUCAAAGCCAGGCACCCAGCAGUGAAGGGACCACCGGGUCUGUCACCAGCCAGAGCACACCGACUUUGUCCAACCCUUUGGGGAUCAAUGCAACCAGCAUGGGAUCCGGGAUGUUUAGUAGCCCCGAGAUGCAAGGUCUCCUGCAGCAGAUCUCGGAGAACCCCCAGCUCAUGCAGAAUGUGAUCUCCGCGCCUUACAUGCGUACCAUGCUGCAGACGCUUGCCCAGAACCCCGACAUUGCAGCACAAUUGAUGGUGAAUGUUCCCCUAUUUGCUGGCAACCCUCCGCUCCAGGAGCAGCUACGGCUCCAGCUCCCUGCCUUUCUACAGCAGAUGCAGAACCCUGAUUCUCUCUCGAUCCUGACCAACCCCCGUGCCAUGCAGGCCCUCCUCCAGAUCCAGCAAGGGCUCCAGACACUGCAGACGGAGGCCCCGGGACUGGUGCCCAGCCUUGGGUCUUUCGGGACGCCUCGAGUCCCCCCACCUUCUGCCGGAGGAAGCACAAUCCCCGAGACCCCCAUGUCCUCCGCCUCGACGCCUGUCAGUGCCUCUCCAGCUGGGGACAGCAAUCCGCACCAGCAACUGAUGCAGCACAUGAUCCACCUGUUGGCCAGCGCAAACUCUCAAGCGCAGAGCCCAGAAGUGAGGUUCCAGCAACAGCUAGAGCAGCUCAACGCCAUGGGCUUCAUCAACCGCGAGGCCAAUCUCCAGGCACUCAUCGCUACCGGUGGGGACAUCAAUGCUGCCAUUGAGAGACUGUUGGGCUCACAGCCUUCCUAACACCACGUGGCCCUUCCAGUCUGCCCGAUAUCAUCUCCCAUACAGGGACCUAUCCAGGAGACUGCCAUGGUGGUACCCCCUGUCCCGCAAUAGCAGUCCACAAAUCGAAAGAAAACAGAGCCCAAACUCCAGCCUGGCGCAGCCUCUUCGCCAUUGAGAGGUCCCUUCCCGAAGCUUGUCAAACUGCAUUGCACACGGAAUUCUGGUUCUCAUCAAGUGGCCAUUUUCAGACAUGUAUUCACUUCUUCCCUCCUUCUGCCUCCCCACAAAUUAGGCUGUUUAGUUAGUAGAAGUGUUUACUUCUAGUUAACCCAAAUGAUUGUGUCAGAUUAGCUUGCUUUUAAAAUAAAGGCUGUCUUUCUCUUCCUUCCCCUCCCCUGAAAAUCAUGAAAAUAUCAGUCUGGUUUCCCUGCCCCAAAGGCUAUUUUUUAUGCAGAAAGUGAGGAAAGGACAAUGCAGUUAACUGCCGCUAGCUGAGAUGCGCCAUCUUGUAAUGCCCUCGGACACUCUUUUUUGGACCUUGGUUUGGGAUGCCAACAUUGUGCAGCUUUGCCCCUUGGCUUUGGUGCUCAUGGGAGUUUGAAGGGGAGGGUAAUGGAGGAGCCUGUCUCUGGUCGAGCUUCAGGUGGGAGAGGGAAGUCUUCAAAGGCACAGAAAGAGAUGUCCCGAUUUGAGGGCAUGGCUCUUAAAAUGAGACUGGAAUUAUGUUUUAUCAUCUACCUUAAAAGCCACAUCAUUAAUGUUGUUACUUUUCGAUGCACCUAGAAAAAGGGCCUGCAACUUCCAGUUGUUUGCCAUUGGGUUGGAUCCUGUGCAUCGUUUCCCUGUGUGCCACAAGCUUCCUUCCAGUGAUGCAAGAAGCAUCCUGCUGCAGCUGCCUGUUUUGUCCAGCUUUUUAUCCAGGCAAGACUCCCCUUCCUGCCCAAUACUCACCUCCCUUUCGGGGCAGUCCGAACCAACUCCUGCCCAUCGAAUGGCCUCUGCCAGUACCUUACAUGGAUGCUGCAGGGUCUAACCUCAUUGCUUUUUCCGGUCAGCUGGUUUGAUGCUGUUGCCUGUGGGGAGUGGAAAAUUGGAGGGGGGGGGAGGAUUCUUAAAAGUGUAUGGACAAAGAAUGGAAGUGGGAAACUCCACUGCUGUAGGAAGCUAUUUCUAGUUCUCUUCUGCCCCCUUUUCUUUAACUUUUGUCCCCUUUCUUUAACCUCUUCCUCCCUCCACUCUUUUAGUUCAGAAUGUUAAAAUGACCUGACUGCCCACGGCUGACCUAAGAAUCCCCCACGACAAUGUAAUUUUCAUCUGAAUUUACAUAACUGUUUUUAUCCAGGAAUAAAAUGCGCACAGCCAUCAGUC